AUGGUGUCAGGACACAACGAUUACGGCCACGGCUAUGCUGCUACCGAAGUUAGACAUCAUGAAUGGCGAACAGCCGAGAAUAGCAGCCCGCAUCUCGUCCCAAGGCUACAGGCCAUUGUCAAAGAGAACCCACAGAUCAAACUCCUCGACGUUGGUGCUGGCUCUGGUACGAUAUCUGCCUCUUUGGCAAAGUAUAUGCCUGAAGGUGAAGUUACUGCGACCGACAUAUCCGAUGAGAUCCUUGCUCGAGCCAAGGAGUACGCCGAAUCUCAGGGCGUCUCCAACACUAAGUUUCAGCAAGCCAACGUUUUCAAGCUGCCUUUCCCAGACGCGGCGUUUGAUGUCACCCACGCACAUCAGGUUCUCUGUCAUUUAGAUGCACCGGUAGAUGCCAUCCGGGAAAUGCUCCGAGUUACCAAACCAGGGGGCACACUUUCUCUUCGUGAGAGUGACAUGCACAUGUGGUGCAUCUGGCCUGAACUGCCAGCCCUCCUCAAGUUCCAUGAGCUUCAAGUCAAGAACAUUGCUGGAAAGGGUGGACAAGACAAGGGAGGUCGUCAACUUCUCUCAUGGGCCCUGAAAGCUGGGGUAUCCCGUCAAGACAUUACCUUGAGCUUUGGGACGUGGUGCUACAGUGCACCCGAAGACAAGAAAGCAUGGGGAUCAGCCAUGAAGGAUCGCUCGCUGACUGGCUUCGCGCGCAACAAGGCUAUUGAGAUGGGUAAUGCGACUGGCGAUGAGUUGGAUGAGAUGGCAAAGGCGUGGGAGGAGUGGAUUGAUACAGAGGACGCUUCGCUAGGCAUCAUGAAUGGCGAAGCAUUGAUCACCAAGAAAUAG